GUACAGAGACGAGUUCGGUAGAUGACGGACACUCAUGAAGAAACUAGCAACAUAGUGUAUGACAUUCAGUUCGUGCUUUCGUGACAGCAGGAUGCUGGUCUGGAGGAGAUCUUGCUCAGUCUGGACCAUCGCCCUCAUGCUGAUAACGUGGGCGAGUCAUGGAGUGGCAGACUGCAACUGUAAAAAAGUCGGAGCCCCCUCGUCCCCGAAAACCCUCUCGCGGGCCAGCCGAUCCACGGUCGAAGUUCCAUCAGCAGAGAAACUCGCGAGCAGAUUCGGAUUGGGCCCGGUAGCUGAUGGUCACUGGCGACAAGAACAAAAACAGGAGGAUGGCUCCGUCAGAGGUCGUUAUGGAUACACAGAUCCCAGCGGUCUUGUGAAAAUCGUCGAAUACUUCGCCGAUGACAGCGGGUUCCAUGUUCUCCACGUGAAAACACAAGCGCCAAAGCAUCAAGUCGACUCGGAUAUUCACCACGAUACGUUCAGCCCGUUCCUCGGCGUCGUUCCACCAUUCGUUGCGAGGAGUCGCAACCAACACCAGCCUGACAGGAUGGAUUUCCCGAUUAACGAAAUCUAA